AUUCCGCCUGCAUGGUUCUUGGCUUGCAAUUUCUCCACCGGCACAACAUCGCCCAUAGGGAUAUAAAAGUAGCCAAUGUGCUGUUAUGCAGCGAUGGAUACGCCCAAAUUACCGACUUUGGGCUUUGCAAAGAAGGAAUGACGUUUGACAGGACAGCUUCAUAUUUAUGUGGAACCCUACCCUAUUUGGCCCCAGAAGUCAUCAGGGCCAAAUACACAAGGACGGCCGACUGGUGGUCACUUGGAGUGACCAUCUUCAAGCUGCUUACCGGAACCGUACCGUUUUAUGGGGCAAAUCAACACGAGGUUCUAAAACGAAUAUGUUACGAGGAGCCAAAAUAUCCUGAGGAUAUAACAGAGGAGACUCGUAGCCUAUUGGUAAAUCUCCUAAAGAAAGAUCCAGCCCAGCGCCUUGGGGCAGGAGAACAUGGGGCCGAGGACGUGAAGAAGAGCCCAUUCUUUCAGGGAUUAGACUGGGAGGCCCUUGAGAAGAAAGAACUCGAGCCGCCAUUUAUCCCUGGAGGAAGAACACACAGCCAACCUGAAGAAAGCCUUAAAUUGAUGGCAAAGGUUGACGCAAAAGUGUGGGAAGAAACCGAAUGGGCAUUAGUGGAGCUGAACUACCCUUUCAGUUCAGCUUCAGAAAUAUAAGAAGUGUUCCUCGGAAUGAAUGGAUGAAUCAGAAUCUUCAUAGAUGUAGACAGAGAGACUGUUGGGCAGGAAGUCAAGUCAGUCAAGCGUUUAUUUGCCCAACAGGGGUGGAGGAGGGUUCAAAAACAUGACUUAAAGAUCCUACAGAAACAUCACCCAGAAGAUGAUUGGUGCAAAGCGACAUGAGGAAGGGUGAGACUGUUGGGCAAGAUGGCAAGUCAGUCAAGCAUCUAUUUGCCCAACAGGGGUGGAGGAGGGUUCAAAAACAUGACUUAAAGUUAAAGAAACCAAAACAAAGUCAUGAUCAGCAAGUAAUAAGAAUAAAAAACAUCCAACUUU